AUGCCCUUCUACAACUCGCAAGUCCACUUCCUCCACCGCCAGUUCUUCCUCACUCCCUCCACCCCGCCUCCCUCGUUCACCCUCACCGGAAAGUCCGGCCUGAUCACCGGCGCAAACACCAGCCUGGGCUACCACGCCGCCUCUCAUCUCCUCUCGCUCGGAGUCUCCCGCCUCAUCCUCGCCGUCCGCAGCCUAGCCAAAGGCGAGGCGGCGAAGACACAACUCCUGAAUGCGCUUCCAGGAGCCCUGAAGCAGCCGCAGCCGCAGCCGCAGCCGCCGACGAUCGAAGUCUGGGAGCUCGACUUGGCCAGCUACCCCAGCAUCAUUGCGUUCGUGGAGCGCCUCAAAACGAACACGCACGGAGGGCUGGGGCUGGACUUCGCCAUUCUAAAUGCCGGCGCUGCCAAUUUCGCCUUCACCACCUGCCCCUCCACAGGGAACGAGGAAAGCAUCCAGCUCAACUGGCUCGGCACCGCCCUGCUCACCCUGCUCCUUCUCCCCGUGCUGGACGAACGCGCGGCGGCGGCCAAGAGCGCAGGCCAUGACCACGAUGCAUCGCCCGUCCUGACCAUCCUCGCCGCCCGCAACCAGACGACACUCCUCGAGACCCUCAACGCGCAGAGCACCUUCGUCUCCGCCGACCGCUACGCGACCUCCAAGCUCCUGCAGCAGCUGUUCUUCGUGGAGCUUGUGCGCCGCCGCGCCGCCGCGCCCUGGAGCACGGGCCUGAACGACGAUGUGCCUGGGGUUGUGGGGAGGGUCUUUGAGGCCGUGAAGAGGGUCGUCGGGAGACCGGUUGCUGUUGGGGCGAGGACGCUGGUCCAUGCUGCGGUUUUGGCUGGGAUUGGCUCGGAUGGAGGUAUCUUAGUGACAACGGCCGCGGGAUAUGGCGAGAGUCCUGCGGGUAUGGGUGUGCGGCGGAGGGUGUGGGAGGAGAUGAUUGGGGAGCUGGGGGGGAUGGUGGAUGGGAAGGUGGUGGUAAUGUAG